CGUGUAUUCUUGAUGAAACUGAAUACAUAGAAUGUGCGCAAAGUUUGAAAUAUAAACUCUCUGAAAUGUUAUCGGUUGUAAUAUUAAUCACCAGACGAACCUCAGCACAUAUUUAUUUCUUUAACGCGACGUAAUAUUAAAAGUGCGUUAACGCUACUGACGAAUUAUUGCGAAAAAACAAAAUUUAUUCGACAAUGAGAUGUCUGUUCGAAUAAUCUUUUUAAAGGAAAUUCAUAAUAUCGAUAAAUAAUCUUCUCUGACCUUUCUGUGGAGCACGUGAAUGUGAUCGAGCGAUAAUUCCACGUGAGUUUCGUUUUUACAAAACAACAAUGCACGAUUUAGAUCUUCUCAUAAGUCUCUUUGUAGCAACACUCCCUUUCCUUCGCUCUUGUGCUUCUCAAGUCUUUCAACGCGUCUGACAUUGUGCACAUGCGCUCAACGGAUCUUUCAUUUUUUUUUUAUUAAACGAAUAACUUACGUUCCCUUCCUCGUAACGUUCAAUACACGUCGCCUCGAAUUAUGCUCUUUCUUGUCUGUAACCUGUAAUCAUCGUGAAAAUGUAACGUACGCUUCUUUUUUGCCGCUGCAUCAGAAACGGCAAGAACACACGUAAUUGAGAUUGAUUGAUAACGAUCGACGAAGGGGCAACGCAUUGUUGCCCCGCGCAUUGCGACCGGAGUUAUAGCUCGUCGAAACUCAAUGCUUAAUUUCCGAGUAACGUAGCACGCACGAUAAUCGUUUUGCCUUUGACGAAGAAACGUCGCGGUGGUCCGAUCCCAUGCGAGAUAAUGCGCGCAACUUCCAUCAGCACCUCCGUCGAGCUCGGCCUGCGCUUUGUCGGGAUCUGGCCUGGUUUGCCGUACGGAACCACCAUUUGGCUCGCGUAUAUGACAAGCUUAGUGUUCGCGCUGUACUUUCAGUACGCGUACAUUUUCGGUCACUUCGACGUCAGCAACAUCUCGAAUCUCAUCGACGCGCUCAGUAUCACAUUGGCUUAUAGUCUCGGCUUCCUGAAGCUGAUCUCUCUCUGGUUGAACCGCAGAAUAUUUUAUGAUAUCCUGCUAGCGAUGGAGGAAGACUGGGGCAACAUUGGUGUCUACGACAAAUCGGUGUCGUACGCCAUGGCGAGCAAUGCUGAUCUGUCGCGUCGAUGCUCGAACGUGUUGAUCAGCAUUAACGCUAUGGCCGCAAUUUCCUACUCCACGAGCAGUCUUCUGCGUCGCACGGCCGACCUUAGAGAGGAUCUCAACGCUAGUUCAAGAGUGCUACCUAUAAAGAUGGAAUUUCCCUUCGAAGCUGACGCGUCUCCCCUCUUCGAACUUUUAGCGGUCAGUCAGGUUUUUCAUGUAGUGUCGAUCGCCGCUUUAGUCGCUAUGAUAAAUUGCUUGAUCAUCACGUUGGUACUUCACGCGAGCGGGCAAAUCGAUAUUCUUCGUCGAGAAUUACUGACAAUUUGCGGCGACGGAAGUUCGCAGCGCGAUUCAAUCGUCACGAGUGUCAAGCUUCUGAUUAAUCGGCACCAAAGAAUAAUCAUGUUCUCGGGCAAUAUUGAAGAGCUCUAUUCCGACAUCGCGCUGAUGCAGUUCCUAUCGAAUACCGUGGUCAUCUGUUGCAUCGGCUUCAGCAUCAUAGCAUCUCUCGCUAAAGACGGGGCUACCGUGGUGAUGUUAAAAUCCGCUAUUUUUUACGUCGCCGUAACGUUGGAAGCCUUUAUCUUUUGUUUCACUGGAGAAUACCUCAGCGCCAAGAGCAAAUCGAUUGGCGAUGCAGUCUACGAAGCGCUUUGGUAUAACAUGACACCUGCCGAGUGUCGGAUUCUAUUAUUUGUAAUAUUAAGAUCGCAGAAGAGAUUAACAAUCACUGCUGGUAACGUCAUGGACCUUUCUCUAGUAGGAUUUACGAGCGUGAUGAAAGCAUCCGCUUCGUACAUGUCGGUGCUGCACGCGAUGUAUUAAACGAGAUUAGUGGAUAACAAUUACUUGUGCCAAGCGCAUCCAUCGUGAUUACCGGCAUAUUGGACAGUAGCAAGUGUAGCAUUGCAAAUAGCUGGAGUGAAAAUCAUUCUAAAAAUGCGAGCGAGAAAAUAUACUUUAUAAGAAAAUGUAGAAAUGAAUAAAAAUAGAAAAACGUUUGUCUUUUGGAGAAAACGCAAUAAAUCAUUUCAAAGAUAUUUCUGACUUUUAAAACGUAUAGAAAGGAUUUUCAACGCGCUACU